AUGGCAGGAAUCAGCCACCACAGCAACAACUCACACCGGCCCACUCGGCCGCGGGAUGGGAAGCUGGCUGUCCUGUUUAGGGGGCAGGUGGGCCAAGGGCCAGCCAGAGGAUGCUGGAGGAGGGGGGAUUUGGCCCUGGGGACCCUUUGCCUGCUCCUGCUGACCCUUCUUGGUCCUCUCAGCAGCCUCCCCAGGAAGAGAGAAGAGAGAGAAGAUGCAAGGACGCCGCCCUCGCCUUCCCCGCCGCCUUCGCCUCCCCCGGCCUCGGGCUCGGGCUCCCUCGACUUCGCAGCCCCGCCGCCUUCGGCCACCCAGCCCGCGGGGCGGGCACUGGGCACCGCGCUCAGCCUGGAGGCGCUGCAAGAGCGGCUGGAGGCGCUAAAGGCGCUGCAAGGCCAGUACCUCCGGGGGCAACUGAGGAUCCGACGCACCUGCCGGGACUUCCCGCGCGCCCUGCGCGCCCUCAGCCUGCAGAUCUGCCGCAGCCGCCGGAGACUCAUCCGCGCUGAGGUCCGCCUGCAGCGCCGGGAAACGGAAGGCGCUUUUCCCAACCGCCCCUCGCCGCCUCCGUCCGAGUUGCUGGCCUUGGCAUCAUCGCGCCAGGGGUUCUCCGCCGCCGCCGCCUCCCUCUCCGGCUGCUCCCUGCUGCUGCUGCCCGCGCCCCCGCCGCCGCCCGCCCCGCCGCCGCUCCCACCGCACCUGCCCGAUCUGCACGAGGCGCUGGAGACCUUCCUGGAGCGCCAGGAGCGUCACCUCCACGACCGGCAGAGAGACUACCGGAGCUGCCAGGAGUGUCUCCGCUCAAUCAAGACGCUACGCGGCCAAUUGCGCCGAGUGCGGAGCCGGCUGUGGAGGGUGGAGGCGGAGCUGGGCCUCCAGGUGCCCCCGCGCGAGCUCUCCGUGGAAGACCAGGACGAGGAGGACGAGGACGAGGAGGAUGGCCCUCCCUGGUUGCCCCCCGCGCUGCCGGCUGCCAGGAGGGUAGAGGCGAGGGGCCCGAGCGCCCAGAACGUGCCCCCGGUGGGGGAGCCACCGAUCUCCGGCCGGCUGCUGAAGGCAGAAGUCACUGCCUGCCCUUAAUAAAGCUUUCAGAAAGUCUUCUGCUGUCGAAGCCACAGCGCGGGUGGGGGGCUUCUUUUAAAGGCACCCCAAAAGAAGAGGGAGGGGCUUUGGUUUGGCGACCCCCAGAAAGAGAUGGGGUGGGCUUCCUGCGAGUAAUGCCAAUGUUAGUGGCUGGUCUGGAACCUCCAUCUAUCCCCAGAGAUGUUCCCAGUUCCUGAAAGCUAAAACUGCCUUCAAUUUUACUGUUUGUGUACUAAUUAAAAUCUUUAUAGCCUCCCCAACACAGACGGGUAAAAAUUCACUGGGGGGCAGGGAGCCCAAGGGAUUAACUCAAAGGUGCUUUUUCA